UUUGAAAAAAAAACCGGUUUGCUCACCCCUAAAGUCACAAGGGACGAAGAAUAUAUGUGAUUGGUCGAUUGGGUAUCUGUUUCACAGUUCAAUGGGCCUCGGCCCAGUGGAUAGGGUUUGAUGUUACGGCUUACGCGUAUAAAAAUUGAUUCAUCUCCACGUUAGGGCUGGAGUACAGCGUAGAGGCGGAGGAGAAGCCGGCAAAUCAGGGGACGAUUGCUUCACUUAAUAACGGCUUCAAAAGUCAACCAACCGCAGAUGGAUGGGAAAAAGAAGAAUGGAUCAGGGAACGAGACACAUGACAUGGAUCAAGAUGCGCGACACCUUGAAUCCAGGGUAGAUAAUUUUUCUUUGAAUACGUUGGCCAACGAUAUAAAUAAAAUUCUGAGGUGUACUGUGUCCUUACUAGACAAGUUUGAAGAUCUGGGCACUCGCUUACAACGUAUCGAGGCGGAGUUGAAAAAAUAUCAACCAAAGCCAAAGCCUGAGAUUCCUACAGAGGAGAAGCCACCUCCUUACAACCCAAACAUAUGUCUACCAACAUUCCCUGACAAGUUUAAUCUUGAUGUCUUUUGCAACUGGGUUAAGGAGGUAGAAUUUUAUUUUGAGUAUUAUCGUGUCCCAAAGCAUGAAAAAAUAGACCUUGUAGCCAACACAUUGCCACUUGAAGGAGAGGCUUUCAAAUGGUGGCAAGAUAUCCAAAAGCUAAACAAGAAAGUCUAUAAAAAUGGUCCCUUUGGGUGGACAGAGAUGAAGAUGUUGUUUAUGGAUAAAUUCCUUUCUCCAUAGAUUGUUUGAUAGCCAACCAAAAAUCCAAAGUUAAGUUUCCUUGUGUUGGAUUUCGAAUUUAUUUAUCUAAGGAAAUGGAAUUUAAGGAAAAUUAAAAUCCCUAUCGGUUGUUUGCUUGAAAAUAGUUGGAUUAAGCAACGCUAUAUAUAUACUAGGAACAUUUGAAGGGCCGUGGGUAUUGUAAAAAACCGACUUAAUGCAAAAAUUAGAAUUUAUUCACACAGG